AGGACCCAGGAUUUCAAACCAUGAUUCUUCAAGCUAGCUCUGUUACACUCCUUUGGUGCUCUUUGUUUUGCCUGCUGGUACUUUGCUGUGCUGUCCAGGGAUGUUGGGAUGUUUGUACGUCCAUUCCAGCCAGUGGGCCAGGCCGACGGGAAAGAGACAGGAAUGAAGAGACUAGAAGAAGAAACUGCGAUAAAAAACAAGGCAAAAAUCGGUGCGACGACAAGGAAAACCUGUUAUCCAGGGGCGCUUCCGUGUCAGACGCAGGACCUGCCUCGACACCCCCCGUUCCUGUGUACACUCACGCUCUCUGGUGGCGACAAGGCUUGGGAUGCCUCCAAAUUGUCUUUCACCUCACCCUUUUG